UUAUUUCAAUUAAUAAUAUACGCCAAUUAUUCUUAAUCACAAUGUUUAGCUUUUGGCGUUAAUAUUAAACAUUUUAUUAUCCUUUAAAUGUCAAAUAAGAUAUUUAAAACAUAGUAUGGGCACUCCACUGAGCAAGCAAAAUACUAAUGAAGAAGUUAAAAGUAAGGGUUGGAGUUUUCAAAAAAGUUCUGAAAUGAACUGUGAGCUCAAAUCAAGAAUAAGUGAAUUUGAAGAUAUCAUUGAUAAUAACUCACGUUUGAUGUUGUCUCUUUCACAAAAACAGGAUAGUUUACCAGACUCAAUCCUCAGGUUCAAUAAUUUUAAUCAAUCAUCUAUUCCUUUUGGUGGCAUUGGAAAUUUCAAUGAUUUAUUAAUCCAUAAUACAUUUAAAUCUAUACCAAAGGCCCAUAUAAUCCCAUGUAAUCCAGAUACAAAUAUUGUAAAUAUCAACAAAUCUUAUGAAAGCAAAGACUUGGAGCAUAACACAAUUUUACAUAAUAACAAUAUUAUAAACAACUCAGAAUUAAUGAACAUAAAUUCAUUAAAUAACAAUGAUAUUUCUUCAAAUAAUUCAAACACAUUCAUGUCACCUUUGCUUUCAACUAAAAAAAAAGUAUUACCAUUUAAUCCCAAUGCUUUAUCCCCACUAGUUAACAGAAACACAAAUUCUCCAGUGGAUAGAUGUGAGGAACGUCUGAAAAACCUUAAACUCGUUUUGCUUUACGAUUACAACGUCACCGCGCCUAAUCAAUUCCUUUUGAAAAAAGGUCAAAUACUCGAAUACGUGAGUCAGUCCAAACAGAAGGAUUGGUACAUGAUCAAAGCGCCUAAUUCCCUAGAUUGUCAUAAAUCCGCUCAAAUGACCGGCUGGGUUCCGGCCAAUUUCUUAUCGCCCGCCUGCAACGACCUCAAAGAUACCCGCGACGAAUUGUUCCCUUGGUACCAUGGUUCCCUCUCUCGCAAAAGGGCGGAAGAACUUUUGGCAUCUACCCCGGGAUCCGGAAACGGCCACUUCAUAGUGAGAGAGAGCGAAUCACUUCCGGGUCAAUAUUCGGUCUCCCUGAGGUUCAAUGACAAGGUCUACCAUUACAGGAUCAAUAACACGGGUUCAUCUUCUGCCCCAUCCUCCACGUCCAUUACCUCGUCGUGCGUGCCCGCGUCGCAAAGACAAACGGGCGGUACCUCGAACUCCACGAGUUUCGACUCGAAAUCGGCCCCCAAAAAGUCAGCCGAUAUGUUUCUCCACGCCCUCAAGCUAGACAGGGUCAAUCAUCACAAGGACGAUAAAAAUUACAAGAAUUGCAAAGUUGGCGCCAAUAAUUCCGGGAAAACCGAGAGUAAGACAAGCGACGAUAGCUACGAACGCGACGAAGAAGAAGUGAAAAAGAUCGGCCAAUCGAUUAGCGAUUUAACGCAGAAUAAAUACUUUAUAGUAGCCGAAAACUGUUUCGGAACUUUGGCCGAAUUAAUUCACCACCACUCUUUUCGGGCCAAUGGCUUGGUGUGCCCCCUGCUGCACCCCCUAACCAAAAAUUAUCCUGUAUUACCACCCUCUUCCGUCGCUAACAACUACCCUAUCCCCGGUUCGACGUCAGCCAAUCUAGGUGUUAGUAGCCAUUUUGUUCCUAACGCCCUCCGCCUUACCAACGGUGGCGAAGUGUCCCUCUUGCAAAACGGUUGCGGUGGUGGGAACGAUAAAAGUUUAAGUCAUCGUAAAGAGGCUGCGGGCAAAGAUAAUUUAAUUCCCCGAAACGACCCCGUUUCGAGCGACCCUAAUAAAAAAUCCAUUCAUCCGCCAGAGUAUUGCAAUGAUGAGCUUAGCCGACGGUUGAACGCGUUAGAGAUGGAUCGGGAUCUUAUCACGCUUAAACACAAAAUCGGGUCAGGCCAAUACGGCGAUGUUUAUCAAGCCAAUCUGUUUAGCAAUUCCGCGAACAAUCAAUCGAGUCUGGUCAAGGUGGCCGUUAAAACCUUAAAAGAAGAAACGAUGGCCUUUAACGAUUUUUUGCAAGAAGCUUGCAUCAUGAAAGAAAUGAAGCACCCAAAUUUGGUUCAGUUGCUAGGUGUGUGUAUCAAAUGCGCUCCUUAUUACAUUAUAACCGAAUACAUGGGAGGCGGCAACUUGUUGGAGUACGUGCAGAAGCUAAAUUCGGCUUCUUCGUUGAUGAACGCCGAAACGGAAAGGAAUUUGAUUGAUAUGUCAGCUCAAAUAGCCUCUGGCAUGGCCUACCUGGAAACCAGGAAUUAUAUUCACAGAGAUCUAGCCGCGCGAAACGUUUUAGUUUCCCGAUCCAGCUCGCCAAAUAACCCCGUGUUGUUACAAACCCACUCACCCACCCAAAACGCGAUUAGCAAUAACGACAGGGAAACGACCAGUAGUAAGUUUACCUGCAAAGUGGCCGAUUUUGGGUUGGCCAGAAAACUUUCGCCUCAAACCGCUUUUUAUUGCGCUAAACCCGGCGCCAAAUUUCCCAUAAAAUGGACGGCCCCCGAGGGCUUGGCGCGUAACAAAUUCUCAGCCAAAUCCGACGUUUGGGCGUUUGGCAUAUUACUAUGGGAGAUAUUUAGCAUGGGAAGCCAGCCAUACCCUUCCGUGGAAUUGAGUCAAGUCUUGCAAUUCUUGGAGAAGGAUUACAGGAUGUCAAGACCCAGCACCUGUCCAGAGAACGUAUACUCCCUUAUGCUGAAAUGCUGGAUCUGGGAACCCAAUGAAAGACCCACGUUUCAAAAUUUGCACGCACAGCUGCAGGCCUUUUACCGUAACCCAUUGCUAGCUCAGUCCAAUACGAAUAACGAAGAAAGUUUUUUGGAUCUUUACAAAUCCUCCUCCAUGAACAGACGAAGAAAUUCCAGUGACAGAACCCCCAAAAAUGUUGACUCUUCACCCGCCCUCAGCUUAGACAGCAAUUACGAACCUCGUCAUAAAUUUAGCGGACAUCAUUUCAGGAAUCGCAAGUACAGCUUAGGGGUUAAGGCUCCUAAUUUCAAGAAUUUUACGAAUAAUAGCAACAUCGCCAAUAACCAAAACAUCAAUCCCGUCAACCAAAACAAUCUCAACAAUCAUCAUAGCAGGUUCGAGCCCGACAAAUUUAAAAACUUCCCCGGGGGAACCGCCGCUAUCAACGAUUUCUCCGCGAAUCUUAAUUCGUUCAACGUAAUAAAUGAUAAUAACUUUGCCCCCCGUGGCGGUAAAAGCGUAGAAAAUAUUUCGAAAAAACGCGAAGAUUCCGUGAAGAACGGCGGAAAUCAUAUCCACAACUUCAACGACAAUUUUUUCUGCCGACCGCCAAAGCCACAGUCUUCUUACAACCACCACCUCAAAAAAAUCCGAGAUUACGAGGAAGAGGAUAUACAGGUCACUUCUCGCGAUAAUAAUUUUGACCUCAACAAAUUUAGCAACGGCAACAACCGCUUCGACAGUUUCGAUGAUAAUGCCGGUGAUCUGAAGAGUGUCAGAACUUGCUUCGGAACCUGUUCCUUAGAUCCUUUACAGAUAUUUGACCAGAUUCUAUCUCAAAAUGACGAUACGAACGAAUGAAAUAAAGUAGGGUCUUUUUUAUUAAAAAAAAAAAUCGGAAUAGUUAAAUUUGCCAUUAAAACCGGAAACAGCCAAUCCUCCAUUAAUUUAUGUAUUUUAAAAAAAAAUAUGUAGUUGAAGUUAUCUUUACUCAAAAAAAAUCUCAAUAUUUGCCUCUCAUUUAAAUGUUAUUCAAAGCUUUUAUCCUCGUAUUAUUUUUUGUGCAUUUAAUAAUCAUUAAAAUUCUAAAUUCGCUCAUAUGUUUAUAAAUAUGAUGGCAUAGCAAAGGGGGGUUGUGAAAUGAAUACUCAAAUGUCAUUUUAUGCUUCUUAUUUUUAAUAAUUUAUUUUCUUAUUCCCUUUAUAUCACCGCGCGGUAUGCCGGGGCUAUCAUUUUUUAAACCAUGCAUCCGCCGAUUUGUCACCCCACCCUAAACACGUGAUUCUAUAGCAUUUAAUAAUUUUUACCGUUUUUAUAAUACGACAUGUCGCUGAACCAAUUAAAAACAAUUAUUUAUUAUAUUAUUUUUUUUAUUUACAAUCGUGCGAUUUUUAUUUAAAAAAUAAUAAUU